UGUAAAACAUCAAGGAGGAACAUCUUUAACAGACAAAAUGGCAGCGGAUAGGAGCUAGCCGCUUGGCUAAUGUAAACAUCCACCCAAACUGGACUGGAGCUGGGACAACCAUCAAGAAUUCCCUAUAUCUUCUGCAAACAGCGAAAAGAAGAUGAACACAAUGAGCCAGCGAACUGAACGGCGUGGAAUCCAUUUGGACCAAUCCGAGCUUCUCUGCAAAAAAGGAUGUGGUUUUUAUGGCAACACUGCUUGGCAGGGUCUCUGCUCAAAGUGCUGGAGAGAGGAAAACCAACGAGAAAGACAAAAACAAAUUCAAGAGGACUGGGAACUUGCUGAAAGGCUGCAGAGAGAAGAAGAAGAAGCUUAUGUGAGCAGACAGAGGACACCACAAUCUCAACCAGCUAUAACACCCUUCAGCAAGUUUGAAGAAAGAAAAACAAAAGAAAAAUCCAGCAAAGUCAACACAGUCACAAAGUUUUUUACUCCUUCAACCAAGACUCCACCAAAAAAAGAUGCUUUUGACUCUCAGUCCACUCCAAGUCCUAGUUCUUCAUCAAGUCGUCAUUCUUCAGCUGACACAGACCAUGCAACAAGAGAGUUUAUAGACUUUCUUAAGCCACUGAAGUCUGGCAGGGAGAUUUUUAAACAAUGUCGGGCUUUCACUGAAAGCAUGGUGUAUAAGCGAGAAAUGGGUGCUGAUGAAUUGUCAGAGUGUGUCCAGGAUUUUUACCAAAACUUAUCUGACCGCUUGCAGACACAAUUUAAAGGUUCCACUGAACAUGUCGAGAAUGUUAUGGAUGCAGUUGAAAAAUAUAUGAUGACUCGACUGUACAAAGAGGUUUUUUGUCCCGAGACCACUGAUGAUGAAAAGAAGGAUUUGGCAAUUCAGAAAAGGAUUAGGGCCUUGCAUUGGGUCACAAUUGAGAUGCUGUGUGUUCCUGUAGAUGAGGAGAUUCCAGAGGUCUCAGACAGUGUGGUCAAAGCAAUCACAGAUGUCAUUGAAAUGGAUUCCAAGCGUGUGCCGAAAGACAAGCUCAGUUGUAUAACUCGCUGCAGCAAGCACAUCUUUAAUGCAAUAAAAAUCAGCAAAAAGGAGGCAGCAUCAGCAGACGACUUUCUCCCCACACUAAUUUACAUAGUCCUGAAAGCAAACCCUCCACGACUGCAGUCCAACAUCCAAUACAUCACUCGCUUUUGCAACCCCAGCAGGCUCAUGACUGGAGAGGAUGGAUACUACUUCACUAACCUGUGUUGUGCAGUGGCCUUUAUUGAAAAGCUGGAUGGUCAGUCUCUGAAUUUGAGUACUGAGGAGUUUGAGCUCUACAUGUCCGGACAAGCCUCUCCUCACUGGCCACAGGGAGCCAGUGCCUCCACCGAAUCCCCUGGCAGCUCUGCCCUCAACCAGGUCCACAAACGCCUGGAUCUUUUAACUGGUUUAGGGGAAAGGCAGGACCGCGUCAUUGAGAAGGCACGGCAGCUAGAGAGUGACCUCAUCGAUUGGACAGAUGAGGUUGAGCAAAAGGUGCAGAACGUUUUGGAGAGCUUUCCACAGGACCUUCCAAACCCAGCAACCUCCACCUCUGCAUCUGCCAUAGACUCUGAGAAUGUAGAGAAUGAGCUGCUGCCCCCACCUCUGCAACCACAAGUGUUUGCUGGUUAAUGUCCAUAGCAUUUUAGUCCAUCCUUCUUCCACCUUAAUGUUCGAAACUAUUAGGCAUUUGAUUUAAAACAUACAGUCACUUUUAGGACCCACAGAACACUAAUAAUAUUGAAUACAGCUGUUGCUGUAUUAAUGAUACUUAUCCUAAUUUUAUCUUCUGGCAUUUAUGAAGCCACACCUAAAAUGACAAUAACAAUUUAAAUGAAAACAGGUCCAAAUACAUUUUGUGAUGAUAAAUGUAAUUUAACUCAAAACAAUAAUUAAUCAUAUAAAUUGAUAUUUGUUUUGAGAUAAUUUGACAUACAUAGCAUAAUAUAUCAACAUUUUUUCUUGUGCAGUUAAUCCUUUUAUGCUGACAUUCUAGUUUUAAAAGCUCUUCCUGAAUGUAAGUCAGUUGACAAUAGUUUUGUUUUCUGAGAAUGAAGAAGUUCCAGUUUUCUCAAUAACUUCCUUUUGUCACUAAAAAGUUGUUCAUGCUUGUGACCCAUGCUGUGUGCAUCUAUCUACUCACUGUGGAGAGUGCGGAGGUUUGCAUGAAAGCACUUCCGUCGUAUGGACAUUUUCCUAUUUGUUCCGUUAUUCCAUAGGAGCCCUAAUGUAUGACUGUAGUCUUGUUGAUGCGACAUCUACAUCUCUAGUCGUAAAUGGGUGUUUAAAAUUAAUUUUAUUUUUCUAUAAGGUGCAGGUUAUUGAUUCUUUUUGAUGCAAUAACACUGACAGUUAGAUAUGACCUCACAAAUCUGACAGUGCUCCAGACCUCACAUUUCAAUUGUCUCGUCUUUGUACAAAAUUACCAUUUAUUUAUUCAUUGGCCCAUUCUCUUGUUUGAGAUCUGUUAAAUGAAGGAACCUUAAGGAUCUCACUGUUAAUGACAGAACCGUGCUGUUCUCUUGUGUUACAUUUAUUUCAUGGCUUUUUUUCAGUAUAUGUAAUGUUUGUUCUCUUUGAAUUUGACAAAAAGAUUUUAAUCCAGAUUUUAACAACCGCUUGAAUAACUGUAUUGCACUGUAUGCAGAAGCCAUUUAUGCGAUGUUUUUAAGUUUUGAACAUUAUCUUCGCAACCUUAUAGGUUUAUGACAUGGAAAAACAAUACUGUCUUCUAUUUAAAUGUAACUUAUUGGGGCAGUAUUGGUUUAUUUGCAUCUAUGGGUGUGUGCUGACAAUUAAUAAAAAACAAAAUGGUAUCAGACU